UCCCCACCCCGCACUCACACACUGCUCAGAGCCAGAGAGGAGCCAACAUGGCUGAUGCAGAGGGAAGCGACGCGAGUUCUGCGGGCAUUCUUCAGGAGAUCUUCACCUCCCCGCUGAACCUGACCCUGCUCAGCCUCUGCCUCUUCCUCCUGUACAAGAUCUUCCGCGGGGACAGACAACCGGACCUGGGCGAGGUGGAGCAACCGCUGCCCAGACUGAAGAAGAGAGACUUCACGCUGGCAGAGUUGAAGCCCUACGACGGACUGGACAACGCCAGGAUCCUCAUGGCUGUGAACGGCAAAGUGUUCGACGUGACGCGGGGAAAGAAGUUUUACGGGCCAGAGGGACCGUACGGAGUGUUUGCAGGCAGAGACGCGUCCAGAGGUCUGGCUACGUUCUGCCUGGAGAAAGACGCGCUGAAGGACGAACACGAUGACCUCUCAGACCUGAACGCCAUGCAGCAGGAGAGCCUCUCCGAGUGGGAGGCCCAGUUCACCCUAAAGUAUGACUACAUCGGGAAGCUUCUGAAACCAGGAGAGGAGCCCACAGAGUACACAGAUGACGAGGAAGGAAAAGACAAAAAGGUGGACUAAAGAAUUAAAAACAAACAAAAAGAUGGAAAAAUUAAAGAUGCCUUAAUGUUUUGACUUUGAUCCUGAUCGCUUCCUGUUGGGGCCACUCAGAGACGCGCACACACACACACACACACGCAUAUAUAUAUAUGCACACACACACAUUCUAGUGUUUUUGGAUCACUACAAAUCCUGAAUUUCUUCAUGUCCAUUUAUGUUUAUGUGAAGGUUUGAUGGCACACUACAAUAAUAGUAGAGAACACGCAGUGCUGUCAGAGUCCAGAUGAGUUACUGUCGACAUAAUCAUGUGUAUUCUAAGAAUCAAGCACGUAUGAGAGAGCUGCUGAUGGUUCCAUUGUCUGGUUAAUAGUCUGAAGAGAAAAGUACAUUAUUAUGUUCAGUGCACGUCAAUAACAGCCCUCAAAAAAAUGAGAUCCACCGUCUGCAGCUCUGAUGUCAUCGUUGUUGCAAUUGCUGCUGUUUUUGCACAUUUUAUUUCCUUCAUCCACAACAGCUUGACUUAACAGCGUCUCAUGACUUAGUUUGAAUCAAAAUGAAGAAAAAUAAUUCAUUAGGAGUCAAAAUCAAGUGGUUUUUCACCUUCAGGUUUAUAUUUUGCUUUUUUAUCAUGUUGUUUAAUUUUCUGUUUUUGACCAAGAUUUUUGCUUAGCUUAUAAUUAUUUACUACCUUUUGUAGAAAAAGUUCUAGCAAAGUCCUGGCAUACAACAUUUUGAUGUCAAAUCCAUUCGUCAAAUACGUUUUCAUUAACUACUCCUCAUCUUCACCAAUCUUACCACGUUCACUACUAGUAGUUACUGUAUAUAUGAGAUUAUGAGAACAAUGACAUUCAGUUGAUUGUAACAUUCCAACACGUGUAUGUGUCUGCUGAACUGAUGAUUUGUAAUUCUCACUCUGACAAUCCAGGUUUGCUGUAUGCAGUGCAGUUUGUGUGGAGACUGACGACUGAAAUCAGUCUCCAUAUGUGACUUUAUUAUUAAGUAAACAUAUUUGCCAUUUUAUUGUCGGGGAAGUGAGGAGGAGGAAACUUUUGUGUUAAAAUGUUUUUUGAUGGAGGAAAGUAACGUGCGAUGAAAUUCACAAACAUCACUGAACGCACGGCCGUCGUUUGUCAACAGUCGAGGCGUAAAAGCAGUUAUUGCUAAUUUAAUCGCAUCAUUUCAGGCUUUGAAACAAAAACACUUUGUCAAACGCAGAAGGAGAAAUGUGCAACUAAAUAUAACAAUAGUGGUAUACUGAUAUAAUCCUGGUAUUGUGAUUUAAUAAAGAAAACCAUAAAAGGA